CUUUCUCAUCCCUAUGCAGCAGCGGCCGCAGUGGUGAAAAAUUUAACAACGUCCUUUUUACGUGUAGUUUUUAAUUGCAUAUGCAUGUAAAAUUUGCAUAUCGAUACGCCAAGGAUUCAACACACACACAUGUGAAAGUGCUUGAACGGGCACAAGCACGUUUGGAUAGCGACGCGAUCACAUAUAUUCCCCCAUCCCCACCCCUGCACCCACAUAUCCAAUCCACAAAUAUCGUACACGAUUCCACAUUCACUCCAAGAGUUGUGCUUGUGUGUGUAAUUGUGUGAGUGUGUUUGUGUAUAUGUGUGUGUCUGUUUUGUGUCGGCUUCAAUUGGCACGCACGCCAAAAACAAAACUACAAAAAUAUAGGUAUUUAGUCUAAAAGGCGCAAAACAUAAACGAACAACAACAGCAAGUGGAACAAUAAAAAAAACUGGAACAACAACAACUGGAACAGCAACAAGAUGUCAUAUCCACCGCGUGCACCGAUGCCAUAUAUGAAUGCGUCGAUACCACCGCCGCAUCUGAUUCCCCCGCCACGCAGUUACCGCAAUUCAGCGACGAUCAGUUCACAGCCAACAGUUUAUCAUAGACCGCCGGAGCCGCAGCCACAAUUCCGUGGUCCCGUCAUCACCGUCUUCGUUGGGAACAUUAGCGAACGUGUACCGGAAUCGCUGCUCAAGCGCAUCCUUGCCGCAUGCGGUGUCGUCAUCAACUGGAAACGUGUCUCCACAUUCGGAUUCUGUGAAUUCGAUGGACCGAUUGCGGCGAUGCGAGCAGUGCGCCUGCUGAGCGAACUGGAGAUCGAUGGCAAGAAACUGGUCGCCAAGGUGGAUGCAAAGAAUAAAGUGCUCAUUGAGGAUUACAAGGAGAAGGAGUGCAAAAAUGGCAGCGAAGGCGGCCCCAAUGCCAUGCUGGAUGAAAAGACUGAGGACGAGUAUGCAACCAAUCAGAUGCACGAUCUGCUCGAGGAGCACAAGCACGAAUUCGAGGGAUUCGAUGGGACAAACCGUGGUGAUCUCUACAGCAGCAGCAACAGCAAUCGCAAGAAGACGCGACGCGGCGAGGAGGAUCUGAAGAUCAAGUCACUGAAUGAUAAUGCACUCGAGGAGGAGAAACGCAAUUUGAUAAGUAGCGAAAUUGGUAAAUUCCGGAAGCGUGCCGAGGCUGAUGAGCAUCGCAAGGAGCUCGAAAAGGAGAAGGAAAAGGAGAAACAGCUGGCAACCAAGGAGAAGGAGAAGGAGCGCGAACGGGAACGCGAGCGCAAAAAGCAGCGUGAAACUGAACGCAAAACCAGCAGCAGCAGCAGAAGCGAUGCCAAAUCCUCCUCCGCCGCAGCUGUCGCCGCUACUGCCGCUGCUGCUGCUGGUCCUGGUGUCGUUCCCUCCUCGAGCUCGGGCAGCACCAACAGUACCAAUAAUACCAACAACAGCAACAACAAUAACAACAAUAGCAGCAACAACAACAAUAGCAAUAACAACAAUAACAAUACCGGCAGUGAGGUGGACGAAGUGGUGGUCAUUAAUGACAAGGAGCCGAGCAAGGAGCCGGCGAUGAGCAGUCGCAGCCGCAAGGAGUUCAUAGUCACCAUCGAUGUGUCGCCGGUGCGCAAGGAUCACAAGGACACACACAAGGAUGCACACAAGGAGCGCAGCGACAACAACAACAAAGACAGUCGCCGCCGUCGCUCCAAAUCCCGCACCAAGGAGCGCGAUCGUGAGCGUGAACGCGAACGGGACCGGGAGCGCGAGCGCGAGAUGAUGCGGGAGCGUGAGAUGCGCGAGCUGCGCGACAAGGAGCGCGAACGAGAACGGGAUCGGGAUCGAGACCGGGAACGAGAACGGGAACGUGAUCGGGACAGAGAGCGCAUCGAGAUGCGCGAACGGGACAGAGAGCAGCGGGAGAGGGAGCGUGAGCGCGAGGAGAAGAUCGUGAAGCCAGUGCGCGAUGCGCGUCGAGAAAAGGAAAUGGAGGAGGAGCAGCGCGAGCGCAAAAAGGCCGACAAGAAGGCCAGGGAAAAGGAAUCGGCCUACCAGAAUCGUCUCUCCAACUGGGAGAUACGCGAGAAGCGCAAGGCCAAGGAGAACGAAAAGUAUCGCUUGAAGGAUCUAAUGCGGCAGGAUGAGCGCGAAAAGGACGCAAAGCGGCUGAAGGAGUUUGUCGAGGAUUACGAUGAUGAGCGCGACGACACGAUGUAUUAUCGUGGACGGGAACUGCAGCUGCGUCUGGCGGAUCGUGUCCGCGAAGCGGAUGCCGAUUCCAAGGAUCGCGAAAAGGAGGCCGCCGAACUGUCCGAACUGAAGAAUAAGAUAUUCAGUGGAGAUUUUGAGAACCCAUCGCUGGAAUUCGAGAAGGCGCGUCGCGAAAUCGAAAAACUCUACGAGCCGCGCAUCCUCAUAAAUGUCAAUGUGGAGGCGGCGGCGGCGGCGCAGCGACGCAAACAGGACGCGGCACACACACAGCAUACACACCAGAAGGAUCAACUGCAGCAGCAGCAACACAAGCAUCAGCAGCAACACAAGCAUCAUCAGCAGGAAAUGGCCGAUGCGGUGGAUGAUGAUGAUGAUGAUUUGGACAGCGGUACAAUGGCCGCUGGUCCGAGCGGAUCGGGUGUGCUGCAUAAGCCGCCGCCAUCCGAGGAUUCCAUGUCGACAAUCGAUGAUCGCGCCUCCAUGGCGGACACCACAUCCAAUGCCAGUGGCUAUUCCUCCCAUCCCAAGACCAACACCAGCAACAACAACAACACCACCAGCAACAACAACAAUCAGGCUGGAGAGAGUGUCAGUCGGCAGAAUAGCGAGUCGAGAGAUUCACUCUCCCACAUCCACACACCCACAAUGAAUGCCAUGGACAACGAGCACGCAUCCUCCGGAGGCGCUACGUCUGCCUCUGCAGCGGCGGCAGCUGCUGCUGCUGCGUCCGCAAUGAGCAUGCCGGUCAUCUCGCUCACGCUGGGCAACAAUCUCAAGAAGAAAAUGAUCGAGACGACGGGCGUGUUUGUCAACGACGAUGACAAUGACGACAACAUCAAUCCCAAGAAGCGUAAACUGGUCCCCUUGGAUUACGAUGACAAUUUGAGUAAUAGCACAACAACCGUUAGUGCACCACAAACGGCUGCGGAGCGCCAAAGUUCUGCUGUAUCAGCGGCGACAGCUGCUGCCGCCGCCGUUAGCCAAAAGAUUGCCAAUGCCAGUGGUGCGGCUAGUGCCGGAACUAGUUCAACUUCCGCCACUUCAGCCGGAAGUGCUAGUGUAAAAGCGAGCGGACAAAAUGCUGGCAAACAUGGCGGCGGCGGCAGCGGCAACAACAAGCACGCUAAAAACGAGGCUGCAUCUGCGUCGGCGGGGAGCGGCGAUGGCACAGGUGGCACCGGUGGCACAGCAGCAGCAAACACCAAAAAGGAUGAGAAUGGUGCCAAGGUGCAGGAUGAGAAGCGUCGCCACAUAAAGAGCAUCAUUGACCGGAUACCCACACAGAAGGAGGACCUCUUUAAUUAUAAACUCGAUCGCAACGAGGUCGACAGCGGUCUAAUGGAACGCAAAAUCCGUCCGUGGAUCAACAAGAAGAUCAUUGAAUAUAUUGGUGAGCCGGAGCCGACGUUAGUCGACUUCAUAUGCUCCAAAGUAUUGGCCGGCAGUCCGCCUCAAAGCAUACUGGACGAUGUCCAAAUGGUGCUGGAUGAGGAGGCUGAGGUGUUUGUUGUAAAAAUGUGGCGGUUGCUCAUCUACGAAUUGGAUGCCAAAAAGAGUGGCAUCGAUGGCAAAUAGUGACCAAAUCAGCAGAGAGACAUUGCUAUAAGUUUAAGUUACAUUUGUAAUUUGCCUAGACACUAUUCAAAAACCUAAAAAACAAAAAAAAAAAAACGAUAAAUCCAACCACACUAUGAAUAUAUGAUGUGUACAUAAAAAGAGGGCGUACGGCUGGAGUUGCUAUUUCUUCACAGCGUCAACUAUUUCGAUAGCGGUAGCGAUUAGUUGCAACAAACAAACAAGCAAAUUCAUCGAUAAUGUAAAUACACUCUCACAAUACACACACCAAACACACACGGAACGAAAUGAAAAGAAAAACACCAAUCAAAACGAUUAAAUUAAUAACAAUAAUCGUGCUCCUUGUACAUUUCUAUCUUCAAUCGAUUCUUCUCAUUUGUCAUUUAUCAUUACUUAUUUUUCUUUCUCUAUUUUGCGGUAAACUAUGUACAAUGAAUGUAUAUCUACGUUUUUUUUUCCACAUUAAGUUAAGUGAAGUUCUUGA